AUGGCCCAGCGGCGCUCGGACGGCUCGCUGGAGGAGCAGCUGCUGGAAGGCCGCUUCCACUCGGAGCUGCGGCUGGACGCCCAGGGGAACCCCGAGCCCCGGCUCCCGCUGGUCCGGAGCCCCCUGCAGGGCCGGAGCAACGCCGUCUUCCAGCCGGACUCCCCGGGGGCCCCGCCCGCGCCCCCGGAGGCCCGGGAGCCGCGCCCGGUGGUGCUGAGCACGCAGAGCCCCGCGGCCCUCAAGCUGGGCACCGCGCAGCUCAUCCCGCGCAGCCUGGCCGUGGCCAGCAAGGCCCGGGCCCCCGCUCGCCACCAGAGCUUCGGCGCCGCCGUGCUCAGCAAGGAGGCCGCCCGGCGGGAGCCCCGGCUGCUGGCCGCCCCCAGCUUCUCCCUGGACGACAUGGACGUGGACACGGGCCCCGGGGGGGCGCUGUCCCGGAGCCUGCGCAGCCAGUCCUACCGCGCGGCCAUGAAGGGCCUGGGGGCGCUGGGCGGCCAGGCGGCCCCCGUGCAGCUCAGCCCCAAGCUCCACGCGCUGGCCGAGGAGGCCCCGCCGCCCGCCCGGCCCUCUCCCAGACACAAGAGGACGCUGGGGCGGAAGCGCGCGCACAAAGGCUCCUUUAAGGACGACCCCCGGUUCUACCAGGAGAUCCGGGAGCGGGGCCUGACCACCAGCCAGGAGUCCGACGACGACCUGCUGGACGAGCCAGGCAGCCCCGAGCGGGCGCGGACGGUGGGCGCCCCCAUCGUGGUCAAGAGCUUCCGGGCCCCCCAGGUCACCUGGAGCCAGCUCCCCGAGGUGGUGGAGUCGGGCAUCCUGGACACGCUGCCGGCUGAGGAGCGCAAGAGGCAGGAGGCCAUCUUCGAGAUCCUGACGUCCGAGUUCUCCUACCAGCACAGCCUGGGCAUCCUGGUGGCCGAGUUCCUGCGGUGCCCGGAGCUGCGGGCCACCAUGACGCAGACGGAGCACCACCACCUCUUCUCCAACAUCCUGGACGUGCAGGCCGCCAGCCAGCGGUUCUUCGAGGCCCUGGAGCGGCGGCACCAGGCGCAGGUGUGCGUGGAGGACAUCAGCGACAUCCUGGAGGAGCACGCGGAGCGGCACUUCCACCCCUACGUGGCCUACUGCUCCAACGAGGUCUACCAGCAGCGCGCCCUGCAGAGGCUCACGAGCAGCAACGCCGCCUUCCGGGACGCCCUGCGGGAGAUCGAGCGGCGGCCGGCGUGCGGCGGGCUGCCCAUGAUCUCCUUCCUCAUCCUCCCCAUGCAGCGGGUCACGCGGCUGCCCCUGCUGACCGACACACUCUGCCUCAAGACCCAGGGCCACCCCGAGAGGUACAAGGCGGCCAGCCGAGCCUUCAAAGCCAUGAACAAGCUGGUGAAGCAAUGCAAUGAGGGGGCCCACAAGAUGGAGCGCAUGGAGCAGAUGUGCACGCUGCAGACGCAGCUGGACUUCGGCAAGGUCAAGUCCCUCCCGCUGAUCUCCGCCUCCCGCUGGCUGCUGAAGCGCGGGGAGCUGUUCGUGGUGGAGGAGACCGGGCUGUUCCGGAAACUCGCCAGCCGGCCCACGUGCCACCUGUUCCUGUUCAACGAUGUGCUGGUGGUCACCAAGAGGAAGAGCGAGGACAGCUUCGUGGUCCAGGACUACGCCCACGUGGACCACCUCCAGGUCCACAAGCUGGAGGCCACGGAGCUCCCCCCGGCCGCCGGUGGCAACCGCAGCUCCUUGGUGCCGCACCCCUUCCAGGUGACGCUGCUGCACAACAGUGAGGGCCGCCAGGAGCGCAUCCUGCUGUCCUCGGACUCCGCGAGUGACCGCGCCCGCUGGAUCACGGCGCUGACCCACCGGGAGCAGCAGUGGCUGGGCCUGGCCAACAAGGGAGACCUGCCGCAGGUGGAGGUCACCAAGGCCUACUUCGCCAAGCAGGGGGAUGAGCUCUCGCUACAGCAGGCUGACGUGGUGCUGGUCCUGCAGCAGGAGGACGGCUGGCUCUUCGGCGAGCGGCUGCGGGACGGCGAGACGGGCUGGUUCCCGGAGGACUUCAUCCAGAGCAUCACCAGCCACGUGGCCGUGGAGGGCAACGUGCGCCGGAUGGAGCGGCUGCGCGUGGAGACGGACGUGUAG